AUGUCUCAAAGGAAGAUGCUGCAUUUCUCCACGGGGGCUCUGCUUCUUCUCCUACUCUGGUUUGGUGGCCUGGUCCUUGGAGAGAUCAGCGGUGACUUCUCUCAGUGCCUUGAUUUCUUCUAUAAUAAAACUCCACCAAGGGGUAUCAAAACAGCAGGAUACCAGCCAAUUUGCCAGCGCUACAAAAACCAAUACCACUUUGCCAGCCUUUAUCACCGUCAGCAUCGUGCACCAUUGUACUCUGCGUACAUACUCAGUCCUGCAGAUGGCAAACGGCCCAAAACCUCUUGGAUGUAUGAACCACAGUUGGCGUUUUCCCGUGCCAGCUCAGAGAUGAAACAUUUCCAAACCCCCGUGGACCAGAAUGUGAUUGAGAGCCAGGCGGUGCUGCACGACUACAUGAACUCCAGCUACACCAAAGGCCAUCUCAAUCCCAGUAUGCACCAAAAGACAAAAGAAGACCGUGAGGCCACCUUCACCCUGACAAACAUUGUCCCUCAGCGAGCAGGCUCAAACUCCGGCCCCUGGAGCGGUCUGGAGAAUGAAGUGUUGACAGAAUUCAAGACGUUCUGCAAUGGGUCGAUGUAUGUGAUCACUGGAGUCAUUCCUUAUAACUCAGAACCUCGCUGGAUCAAUAACAGGGUGUCUGUUCCUGAGUACAUGUGGUCUGCAUACUGCUGUCCAUCCUACAAAUCCAACCUUCCUAAAUCUGUGAAGCCCUUUUUCCCCACAUAUGCUGCAGUGGGAAGAAAUGACCGCAACAGUGGAGAGGAGAUUGUGCCGGUUAAUGUCAAGGCUAAAGCCUCGGUGAGGGGUUACGACGUGAGGCGGAUGUCUUUAGAGACGCUGGAGGGCAUCCUGACACAAAGGCUGGCCAUGCCCAUCAGUCUGUUUCAUGGGCAGUGUCAGUAG